CGCCGGGUUGUUUCCUCGAUUCUGUCCCGCAGCGCUAGGGCUGUGGGGCUCAUCCUCCCAGGCCUCCGUGUCUUCCUGGUACCAACAGCUGAGGCCUGUGGGUUCCUCAAUAGGAGUGGUCGCGGAUCUCAAUUUCCCCGCUAGCCGUAGCGAGUUGAGCCCCCUAUGUCCCCCAGACCCAGGCCUCAGUCGGUGACCGCGGGUGGAGUCAUUGGUUCUCCGAAAGCGGAAGCCCGCGGCCUCAGUGUUCCCAGUGGUGCCCCGAGCUCUCGGCUACCACCUCCCUCCCACGGAAGGUGGCCUCAGGCCUCAGUUUCCCGAAUGGCCCCCUAGGGUUGAACCCCCACUUCCCUCUCCCGCGUGAAGAGGCCAGAGUCUGGCUGUCCCCGGCUCGCCUCUGCUGGCCGAGCCCCCAGUCGCCCACCGGCGGCGGCCAAUGGCAGGGGUGCUCCCUCCUAGGGGCGGAGCCGCGUCACGUGCCGGGAAGAAAGAGCCCGAGGCGCACGGGGCGCGGGGAGUGGGGCGGAGCGGCCAUGGCAGCUCCGGAGCCGCUGUCCCCUGCGGGCGGCGCGGGCGAGGAGGCGCCGGAUGAAGAUGAGGACGAGGCGGAGGCCGAGGACCCCGAGCGGCCAGGGGCUUCGGGAGGCGCGCGCGGCGGCGGAGGCGGCGGCGUCGGCGGGGCGGGACCGGGGAGCUGCGGCGGGCCAGGGGGUGCGCUCACUAGGCGCGCGGUCACGCUGCGGGUGCUCCUCAAAGACGCGCUGCUGGAGCCCGGCGCCGGAGUGCUGUCCAUCUACUACCUGGGGAAGAAGUUCGUGGGAGACCUGCAGCCCGAUGGAAGGAUUGUGUGGCAGGAAACAGGCCAGGUGUUCAACUCACCCAGCGCCUGGGCCACCCAUUGCAAGAAGCUGGUGAACCCGGCCAAGAAGUCUGGCUGUGGCUGGGCCUCUGUCAAAUACAAGGGCCAGAAACUGGACAAGUACAAAGCUGCUUGGCUCCGGCGAAACCAGCUCCAUAUGACUGCAGCUGCCGCUGAUGAGAGCCCGGCCAGCGAAGGAGAGGAGGAGGAGCUGCUGAUAGAGGAAGAGGAGGAGGAGGUUCUGACAGGAGCCUCAGCGGAGGACAAGAGUAGGAGACCGCAAGGGAAGGGCCCCUCAGAGCCUGUCCACUCGGAGGCCACGCCCCCAGGGAAAAGGGUGGAAAACAAGAUCCGGGUGCCGGUGCGCUACUGCAUGCUGGGAAGUCGUGAUUCGGCCAGGAACCCCCACACCCUGGUGGAAGUAACGUCUUUCGCAGCCAUCAACAAGUUCCAGCCGUUCAACGUGGCCGUCUCCAGCAACGUGCUGUUCCUGCUGGACUUCCACAGCCACCUGACCCGCAGCCAGGUCGUGGGGUACCUGGGGGGCCGCUGGGACAUCAACAGUCAGAUGCUCACGGUGCUCAGAGCCUUCCCCUGUCGGAGCCGGCUGGGGGACGCGGAGACCGCGGCCACCGUGGAAGAGGAGCCGCGUCUCUGCCCCCAGAUCUACCAGAGCCUGCUCCUGCGCGGCCUGUCCCUGGUAGGCUGGUACCACAGCCACCCGCAUGGCCCGGCGCUGCCGUCGCUGCAGGACAUCGACGCGCAGAUGGACUACCAGCUGCGGCUGCAGGGCUCCAGCAACGGUUUCCAGCCCUGCCUCGCCCUGCUCUGCUCCCCUUACUACUCUGGCAACCCCGGCCCAGAGUCCAAGAUCUCGCCCUUCUGGGUCAUGCCGCCCCCUGAGCAAAGGCCCAGUGACUACGGCAUCCCCAUGGAUGUGGAAAUGGCCUAUGUCCAGGACAGCUUCCUGACUAAUGACAUCCUCCAUGAGAUGAUGCUGCUGGUAGAGUUCUACAAGGGCGCCCCUGACCUCGUCAGGUUCCAGGAGCCUUGGAACCAGGAGCACACCUACCUGGACAAGCUGAAGAUCUCCCUGGCCAGCAGGAUGCCCAAGGACCAGGGCCUAGGCCACGUGCUGGAGCAGGUUUACAGCGUCCUCAAGUAGGGGAACUGAGGGCACCAGUCUCCAAACACAGGAGAGAGGGCUCUGGUCAGACGCGGCCCCUGCGCCUCUGGGUGAGGGGGUGGGUCCAGAGCUUCUGUGCUAUUUGUCCUGUGUGACUGACUGUGAUAGCAGGGGCUCAGAUUAUAUAAUAAAGGAGAAACGGGC